CCCCGAGCCUGACAAGAGCCUCUUUUUUUUUCUUUUUUCAAAGACCCGCGUGGAAUAAUACUUAUACCCUUUUCAAGGCACUUGCUAUACACUUCCACCACUCCGUCUUUCACUCAAAAACUACUCGGUUUUUUUUUUUAAAAAAAAACCCUCUUUUUUUGUUAUUACAUUUUAUAAAAGGGUUUAAGAAAACAUGGCGCUUGCUCUUAUUCGGAAAACGGUGCCUGAAGCCGACGAUGCUAUUGUGGACUACAUCGAUGGCUACUUGAAGGACGCCAAUUUCGAUGAUGACGACGAGGAUGCUAUUGCUGACUUUGUCAAACCUAUUUUGCUUGAUGCAGGAGGCGACGAAGCCAAGAUUGACGAAUUAUGCGAACAGUUGAUCAAUAUGCUUGCGUCCAACAAGAAGGAAACAACCCCUUUGAAGGGACUUUCGAAACUGGAGAAUACCGUAGUGAUGGGUCAACAAUCGGGUUUAUCAGCCACCGCCAUGUUCAGCAAAGGAUCCGUGGACUUGGAUCAUGUGUCGGGUCGUCGUGUUCAAUCGCAAGUGAACCAAGACAAAUUGCGCAAAGCUGAAGCCAAGAUUGCAGCCAAGAUGGCGAAACGAGCCGAAAAGACCAAUAUGCGUAUCGAAUAUGAAGCUUCGCGAUUAAUCGAAAGUGAACAAAAGGCCUUGCAGGAAGCGUACAAAUUGUACAAUCCCAUUCUCGAUUACACCUCGACCAAGGGCAAGAACAAGGAUAUCAAGAUUGAAAACUUUGACAUUUCGUUUGCCGGUCGUCGUAUUCUUACGGAUGCCAACCUGACAUUGGCGUUUGGUCGACGUUAUGGUGUGGUCGGUAAGAACGGUAUCGGUAAAUCUACCCUGCUUCGAGCCAUUUCCCGCCGUGAAGUCAACGUGCCACAUCACAUUUCCGUCUUGUAUGUCGAGCAAGAAGUUAUUGGUGAUAAUACGCCUGCCAUUGAAAUGGUGCUUCGUGCUGAUGUGUGGCGUGAACAUUUGUUGGAAAAGGAGAGAGAUUUGUCGGCGCAGAUCAAUCUCAUUGAAGCGCAGCAAAGUGAAGGCGAACUUACGGAAGAAGAGAAGAAAGAGUUUGAAGCACAAAAGGACAGGAUCAACGGUGAACUCAAGGAUGUCUUUGCUAAAUUGCAAGAAAUUGAAAGUGACAAGGCCGAGUCAAAGGCAUCUGCUAUUCUGGCCGGUUUAGGUUUCCCUACGCCUGAUCAGAAACGUCCUACACGCGAAUUCUCGGGUGGUUGGCGUAUGAGAAUUUCUCUUGCCCGUGCCUUGUUCUGCAAACCCGAUGUUCUUAUGCUCGAUGAACCGGAUAACAUGUUGGAUAUUCCUGCUAUUGUUUGGUUAGAAAGCUACUUGAAGACAUGGCCUAAUACUUUACUGGUGGUUUCUCACGACAGAGAAUUCUUGGACGAGGUGGCUACUGACAUUUUGUUUAUGCAUUCCGAGAAACUGGACUACUACAAGGGUAACUACACCCAGUUCUACGCUACCAAGGAAGAGCGACGCAAGGCCCAAAUUCGUGAAUACGAAUCGCAAAUGCAGUAUCGCAAACAUCUUCAGGACUUUAUCGAUCGCUGGAGAUACAAUGCUAAACGUGCCCCGCAAGCUCAAGCGAGAAUCAAGAUUCUGGAAAAAUUACCGGAAUUGGAACCGCCAGAGGACGAGAAGAUUGUCAAAUUCCAGUUUGCUAAUCCCGAGCAACUAUCUCCUCCUAUUCUGCAGAUGAAUGAAGUCACUUUUGGUUAUAACCCCGAGAAAGUCAUUAUUCGUAAUAUCAAUAUUGACGUACGCAUGGACUCCCGUAUUGCCAUUGUCGGUCCCAACGGUGCAGGUAAAUCUACCAUGUUAAAGUUAUUAACAGAGGAGAAUAAGCCCAUGAGUGGUAUGGUGCACCGCAACGGUCGUCUGCGUAUUGCCUAUUUUACCCAGCAUCAUAUUGAUCAGCUGGAUCUUACCAAAUCGGCUGUGGCCUUUAUGGCUGACCGUUUCCCCGGAAAACCUGAGGAAGAAUACCGUCGCCAUCUCGGUUCCUUUGGUAUCACCGGUAUGGUCGGUCUGCAAGUCAUGAAGACUUUAUCCGGUGGUCAGAAAUCCCGAGUUGCUUUUGCCUGCCUAAGUGCGCAAAACCCACACAUCUUGGUUCUGGACGAACCUACCAAUCAUUUGGAUAUGGAGUCGAUGGAUGCUCUUCAAACGGCUCUGGGACAGUUCCAGGGUGGUGUUAUCAUGGUUUCUCACGACGAACGCUUUAUUUCUACGGUCUGUCAUGAAAUCUGGGUUUGUGCCGAUGGUGUGCUUUCGAAAUUCUCGGGCACCAUCAAAGAUUACAAGGAACUUGUAUGCCCCAAGGAUACUGUUUUGUAAUAGACUAUAUACUGUAUCAAUAAAAAAAAACAACGAAAAAAGAUUACAUUGUAAGCA